GCUGUGCAGAAAUCCUGCAGAGAAGAAGAGGAGGUUCACUCUUUCACGAGACGUUCACUGACAUUAACUUCCAUCCUUAAACAGACUCUGUUUUUUUUUCCAACCGCCUGCGUCGUUCUUCAUCUUGAGUCUCUCGGCGUCGUGACGUCAUGUCUCAGAGGUCGCAGUCAGACGGCGGUCAGAAAGGCUUCGCUGUGGGUCGGGGGCUCCUCGCUGCCGCAGAGACCUUGAACUUCAGCAUGAACGAGCAGCGUUCCAGCCGGCAGAUGGGGGGCGUGGCCUCGGGGGUGGGCGGUGGCGGCGCAGAGGGCCAGGACGGCGGCUCCCAGAUGCCCCGGCGUGGCGGCGGAAGCCAUCUUGGCAGCACCAUGAAGCUGUUUGCCAGCUUGGGGCUGUCGCCCUCUGACCUGGACGCUCUGGCUCAGAUCCCUGAAGAAGACAUCAGCGUGGAGACGCUGCCGCACAUCCUCAUGCAGCUCAAGAGCCGCAAGGGAGACUCAGGAGAGCGGCGGGCGGCGUCCUCCAUGUCCUCUGACAAGGCGUACAGAGGAGGCCGGGACAGCUGGGACGACUCCCACAUGGGCAGGAUGGGCGGUCCCUCUCUGGGUCAAAGUUCAGCCCCCGCAGACUUUGGCUACGGUUCGCUGCAGGACGCCUCCUCCAGCCGGGGCUACAGCUUAAAUUACGGCGGCGGUGGCGGCGGCAGCAGAGAGAGGCCGUAUUCUGAGCUUUCCCAUCAUGAUCCCUAUGGCGGGCUCAGCAUGGGGCCACCGGACCCCGUCUUUAUGCAGCGGAGGAUGGGCUCCCCGUCACACGGAAAAGUCCAAGACUUCUUGGGAGUCAUGCCCCCCAUGUUCCCCCAUGUGUGCUCUCUUUGUGACUUUGACGUGCACUCCACCAUGGAGUGGAACCAGCACGUUAACGGACUCCGACAUGCUGAAAACAGACGACUGCUGCUCGACAUGUAUCCAGACUGGGACCCUGGUAUGUCGUCAGGGAGAGGCGGGGGUCUCGUGGACACCCCCAACCUGUCUGCAGGGCUGCUGGGACCGGCCCCCAUGUCCUCAGGACAGACAGCAGGAGGGAUGUCCUCCAGCUGGGCAGGAGGAGACGCCGCCAGCGGAAAGAACCAGCCGGGACAGAACAAGCUGAGGAGCAGAGUGGUGGUGGUGAAGUACGACAGGAAGCCUCUCAGCAACAAGACGCUGUUUGCCUUCACCGAGCCGUUCGGCCGCCUGAACGAACACCUGGUCCUGAAGAACAAGGCCUUCUUAGAGAUGGAGACUCACGAGGAGGCUCAGGACAUGGUGAACUACUACCAGCAGCACCCAGCGGCUCUGUACGGGAAACCAGUAACCUUCUACCUGUCCAAGAGGCUGCUGGUCAUCGAGAAGGACGAGCGGUCCUCGGACAGGAUGAUGGACAGACCUGUCAGGGAGGUCAAAGGUCACGGCAGCCAGGUGGUUUUCUUCUCCAACCUGCCCAGAGAGGAAGAGAAGAAGAAGGAGCUGCUGACCAUCGCUGGACGCUUCGGCACCGUGGAGAAACAUCUCUUCUUAACGGACCAGGCGUUCGUCCAGCUGGGAACGCCGGAGGACGCAGAGAUGCUGGUCAAGUAUUACAGCGUGAACCUGCUCACCAUCAAAGGGAGACCGAUCCGCCUCAACCUCUGCACCAAGUACAAGACCCUCAAUGUGAACCGCAGGCAGGGCAGGUCCGCUGGAGACAGUCGAAACCGGAGGAGCAGCGGAGCCAACGCCUCCUCUUCCUCCUCUGGAACCAGAACCACCUCCUCAUCUAAAUCCUCGUCCAGCUCUAAGACCAGAGAGGAGACGAAGGACGAGAGCAAAGCGAAGCCUGCAGCGGAGGAGGAGGAGGAGGAGGUGUCUGGUGUGAUGGAGGGGGAGGAUGGAGGAGAGGAAGGGGAGGAGCAGGUAUCCGAUGGCGACGUAGAGGAGGAGGAGGAGCCAGACAUAAAAGAGGAGGAGAAGGUUCCUGAUGGCGACGACGUCACCAACGAGGCACCUGGAGGCGUGGGCGGGGCUAAAGGUGAGGCCAACGCGGGGGCGGAGUCAGAGCCGACAGAAACCGAGCCGGGGAUCAAAGAAGAACCGGAGGUCAAAGAACCGAGAGCAGAACCGGGAGAGAGUUCAGAGACAGCGGAGGGAGAUUUACCUGAAGACACGGAGGAUCAGGACUUCCUGGAGAACAUGGAGGACUUUGUGACCCUGGAUGAAGUGGCCGAGGACGAGGACGAAGCACACAGAGAGUCGGACACCAUCGACAACACAAGGAAAGGGGGUAUGAGGGUGGUCAACAUCGUUGGUUUCAGACGAGGAUUCAACUUCUCCAACGAGCUGCUGGGACUCGCCAAACCUUUUGGGAAACUGGUCAAACACCUGGUGCUGGACUUAAGACCUGAGGCGUACCUUCAGUUCGCAACAGAAGAAGAAGCUCGAGCGAUGGCCAAGUUUUACAACGGUAACGUCACGGCGACGGUGUGCGGUCGACCGGUGAGAGUCAGUCACUCCAUGAGCUACCCGACCAUCCAGUGCGGCUCCAGCAAGGUGGUUUACAUCGGUCAGAUCCCAAACAGUAAAUAUUCAGACGAGGCCAUCCUGAAGUUUGCGCAGCCAUUCGGGAAAGUCAAGAAGUAUUUCCUCAACAGGAUCAAGAGAGAGUGUUUCAUCGAGAUGGAGAAAGCCGAGGAGGCAGAGAAGAUGGCUGAAGAUUACAGAGCGAACCCACCAAAGUUCAACGGGAAACGUCUGACCAUCUACGUCAGCAGGAAGUACCGACAGCUCAAAUACGGACAUCGAUGUCCGAGCACAACGAAGAGAGAAAAAAGCAGCACGCCGCCAAAAUCCUCCAAACAUCCUGAAGAACCUCCAGCCAAGAAACCAAAGGAGGAGAAGAAACCAGCAGAGGAGAAGGAGGGAGAGGAGGAGGAGGAGGAGGAGGAGGAGAAACUGACGGAGGAAGAGAAGAAAGGGGAGGAGGAGGAGAAGGAGGAAGAGCAGAUGGAGGAGAAGAAAGAGGAGGAGGUGCAGAGUCGUGAAGAGAAGAGAGAAGAAAACACAGCAGAGAAGAUUCCUGAAGUUUCUGAUCAGAGUCAAAAGAGCUGCAAUGAGGUCAAACAGGAGGAGCAGGUGGAGGAGAUGGAGAUAUCAGCCAAUCAGAACGGACAGACUGAGGCUGCUCCGCCUGCUGAAAACAAACCCAGCGUGGCGUCUCUGCCGCUGCCGCCGUACGACCCCAACAACCCCAUCGGUGUUGAACAUGUGAAGAUGGGUUAUUACUGCCGCGUCUGUUUCCUGUUUUACUCCAACGAAGACACGGCCAAGAAAACGCACUGCAGCAGCCAGACGCACUACGACAAGCUGCAGAAACAUCUGGAGAAAGAACAGACCAAAGCAGAGAAGAAGAAAGGGAAGAAGACGACUGUAAACUAGAAUAAGUGGAAGUUUCUUUUUAUUUUUAGUUUAAGUUUUAAAGUCCGGUGCUGAAGUCUCGGAGCUGUUGUCAUGGUGAUGUGAGGUUUAGUCUCAGACUUCAUGUAUCAGUCAAAGCUACACAGUCUGCAGCUUUAUUUGACGUCUCGCCCGCUCGGCUGCUUCACUGUCACACAGAGGAAAAUAACAUGUUGAGUAGACGCAGUGUUCAAGGACAUUUAGGAAACUUCAAACGAAAGUUAAACUAACUGAAGGUCCGAUCACACCAGGGUCUAAAAUGAAAACCUUCAAAGCAAAUCAAACGCAAGGGUGAAAAAAACAACACCGUUUUGCGUUUUUGACCAAUCACAAACUUUCCUGACGACGGAGAAAUGUGUGUCAGAGGACGUACUCGUCAAUAUUUCACACAAACAUGCAGAUUAAUUUCUCUGUAUCACUUUCAGGUGUGACGAGGCUUCAGUCAGGAUGCAUCUGAUUAUCAUGAUGGAGCUCCUUUGAUUAAUUUGUUGAUAAACAAAAUUGUAAGAAGAAAACAACAGUGUCAGGUGUUUGGGAGAGUUGCUUCCUGGAACUAUUUGUUGACCAACAACAGCCGGGUUCAGUGACGUCCUGAGCGGAUGGAUACACUGUUGUUUGUCAGGAAAUAGUCCUAGAAUAUAACUUCUGCUAGCAGCAUGAAUGUAGAAAUGGUUCAGACUGAAAUAUCUCAACUACUAUUGAACAGAUUGCUGUUAAAUGAGUUUCACACCUUCAUGUUUCCUGCAGGAUGAGGAAUAAUAACUUUGAUCUGAGUUUUCAUUUAGCGCCAUCAUCUGGUCAAAAUGUUAACGAUUAAACAAACAGAUAGGAUGUGUUCAUUACUGAUCUUUAAAAGGUGUUUGUGUAUUUUUAAAUACGUUAAUUCCUAAAAUACUGAACUAUUCCUUUAAACCUUUUUUCAUCUUCACACAGAAGAAACUUUGAAUGUGUUGAACUUUGUUGUUUUAUGUCUGAAUUUUUAUGUUGGUGGAUUAUUGGGACGUUUUGUAAAAUAAAACUUUCUUCACCUCUGGA